AAACACUUGACCAGCCCCCUUCUCAUUCCCAUGGAUCGUAUUACGGGAGACUCCAGCUCCGAGACAUCUGCUCCGCUACUAACAACGGAGCGCGUCCCCGAGACCUGCUGCUGCGACCGAUGAUCCAGUCUCCCAUGGUGCCCGGUGCCUACUCCUCCUCCUCCUCCUUGCCCUCUUCACCACAAUUGUGUUAACGCUGCGAUCAUGAGGAGCCACAGUGCGUGCCCCGUCCACGUUUCCCGGCUGUAGUUCACCACGACAAGGCGCUUUCCCAGCUCCUGUGUAUAGCCUACGUCCGUGGGGCGAGCGAGCUCCCGGCAGCUCCCGGUGCCUUCGAGGCAGCACAUUUCUUUUUGUCCGUGCGCUCCGCAGGCUGCUGUCCGUGGGCUUUCUGCGGCUUCGCAUCCUCUCCGCUGCUGGCUACGUUGCUGUAGGAGAGGACAACGAAGGGCAGAGGAACAAAACAAAGAUCCCCCAUGUCUGAUGUUUGAACGCGGAUAUUUAUUCUGAUUUGUUGUCUUUCUACGAGCUUUUUUUUUUUUUUUUUUUGACACCAUGGAGUCGGUGGAGAAGGAGUGUGGAGCGCUGGGUGGAUUAUUCCAGGCCAUCGUGAACGACAUGAAGAGCUCUUACCCUGUGUGGGAAGACUUCAGUGCCAAGGCCACAAAACUGCACUCUCAACUCAGGACCACGAUUUUGGCAGCGGUGGCCUUUUUAGAUGCCUUUCAGAAGGUGGCGGACAUGGCUACCAACUCUCGAGGUGCCACCAGGGACGUCGGCUCAGCUCUGACAAGGAUGUGUAUGCGACACCGCAGCAUUGAGACAAAAUUACGCCACUUCACCAAUGCUCUUAUGGAAGGCCUGGUUACACCACUCCAGGACAGGAUAGAGGAAUGGAAGAAGACCGCUAAUCAGCUGGACAAAGACCAUGCCAAAGAAUACAAGAGGUCUCGUCAGGAAAUCAAAAGGAAGUCGCUAGAUACCAUAAAGCUCCAGAAAAAAGCAAGAAAAGAGCUUCUAGGCCGGGGUAACCUGCGCCCCCAGCUGGACAGUGCCAUGCAGGAUGUCAGUGACCUGUACCUGCUGAUGGAGGAGACGGAGAAGCAGGCGGUGCGCCGAGCCCUCCUGGAAGAGAGAGGGCGUUACUGUACAUUCAUUAACCUUCUGCAGCCUGUGGUGAAUGUAGAGAUUGCCAUGCUGGGAGAGAUAACGCAUUUACAGCCCAUUGUUGAUGACCUCACUAUGCUGACCGAAGACCCACACAAGCUGCCACCAGCCAGUGAGCAGGUGAUCCGGGAUCUGAAAGGCUCCGACUAUAGCUGGUCUUACCAGACCCCUCCUUCCUCCCCCAGCAGCACCGGCUCCAGGAAGAGCAGCAUGUGCAGCAUCCUCCAGAUGCCCUCUGCAGGAGCGCACCGGCUCAGCAGCGUCUCCUCCCACGACUCGGGCUUUGUGUCCCAGGACGCCAACACCCACUCCAAGCCUCCGUCGCCCAUGCCCUCUGACAUCACCAGCCAGAAAUCAACAAGCUCAGCCUCCUCUGAGGCUUCAGAAACCUGCCAGUCUGUCAGUGAGUGCAACUCCCCUACAGCGUUUGGCUCAUGCUCAUCCUUCGGUACCUUCCGCCCUGCUUUCUCUCACACUGGCACCAUCAGGCCUCUCUCUGUCAUACUUCCUGCGUCCCCCACAUUUAACCACUCCACGGUACCCAACACCCCCUCACCCACAUCAAAGGUUCCUAGCUGGAAGGACUGGGCUAAAUCCUGUGAGCCAUCAUUGGCCAGCACUCUGCAGCGUAGGAGGGAGUCUGUGGAUAAGAUGAGAGAACUGGAAGCGCCACCCAGUCCACUCGGGUAUUCUGGGAUGCAACCAGAUGAUCCACACCGAGCGAGAAUUGUCCCAGGAACCAUUGCAGCCAAGCAUGGCGAGCCAAUCUCUCCGGCAGCCAGUACUCUAGCUAUGGUUCUGACCAGAGGCUUGAGUAUGGAGCAGCAGAAGAGCAGCAGGGACUCUCUGCAGUACUCCAGCGGCUACAGCACCCAGACCAACACUCCCUCCUGCUCCGAGGACACCAUACCCUCACAAGGGUCUGAUUAUGAGUGCUACUCUCUCAAUGGGGAUGCUGACAGCGAGGGACAGGCAGACUUUGACAAGUCCUCCACCAUCCCACGCCACAGUAACAUCGCUCAGAGCUACCGCCGCAUGAUCCAAACCAAGCGGCCUGCCAGCACAGCAGGUCUGCCCGCAGGUAAGACCCUGCAGGGCACUCCAAACGGUGCAGGGGGGAGCAGCUCUGGAGCUAUCACGUCAGGGACGGCCACCAUUCGCCGGACACCAUCCUCCAAAACUGGAGUGAGACGCACGCCGUCCACAUCUGGCCCAAUUCCCAUCCGGCCCCCCAUCGUGCCAGUUAAGACCCCCACAGUGCCAGAUUCACCGGGGUAUGCUAGCCCAUCCCAGCAUCUUGUGGGCAGCGAGGAGUUUCUAUACGGCGAUGACCCAACUGCUAGUGACUACAUGAGGGCUUCUCCAAAGCGGAUGAGCCUCCCUGACACAGCUUGGGGCUGUGGAGGAGGAGGGGCGGACAGGACCGGUUACGCUCAACAGGCCCCUGGCAUGGCCGCCCACAGCACUGAGGAGGACCCUAUGCUCGCUGCCAACCGCCACAGCCUGGUGGAGAAGAUAGGGGAGCUGGCAGCCAGCGCCCACGCCCUCGGUGAGGGUCACUUCCCUUUCCACAGCCCUCUGCCAGGGGAUCCGGCUCAGUGUGUACCCCAGGAGCCGUCCUCCACGACCCAGGAGGACAUGGAUAUGCUGGUGUCUAUACGCCGGGGGGUGAGGCUCCGCAAGGCAGUGACUGACGACAGAUCGGCUCCGAGGAUUCUGCGGUAGCUGAGGGAGAAAAGGGCUGUGAAGAAGCAGCUGUGGUGCCCUUAUUUACAAACUGAAGCCUUGUAGUGAAAUGCCACAGCACUUAUGUGAUGCAUGAACUGAGGUACAAGUAAUAGAAAGAAUGUACAGUAAUGUGUUGAAUGAAGGCCAGUUCGCAGAGUAAUGAGUGACCAUGGAAAAUGUCAAGUCAUUUCAUGUCAUGUAUGUAUUGCGUACAUACAAAGUAAUCCAUUUUUUUGGGGGGAUUUUUAUUAUCGUUUUGUUUUCAUAUGUGGGCUUCGUGGCUGUGCGUCUCCGCUCCCUGUGUGACCAGUUGUUUCAGCCCAGUUUGUCCCUUUUUGCCCCAGUGAUGAAGACGUCACUACUGUAGGGAUCGAAUGCUCUGUCUUUCUUCUCGCUCUUAUGAUGAUUAUAUAUAUUGUGCAUUUCUUAAUUAACACAGCCACCUGUGAGUGGAAAGUGAUAGGCAAAGUGCUCUGUGAGCCUGUCUGUAUGUUGUGUUUCUCAUCAUUACUGUACAAGUACCGUAUUACUGUUUUUGUUUGGUUAAGCUGAACAGCAGCUGUGUAAGUCAUGUAAAAUAGGAGCAAUAUGGCAGUGUUUUUAUUGCUGUACUGUACUGUCAAUAUAUUCUGCAAUUAAACAGGCUUUUUACUGUUAAA